UAGGAAUCCGGUCUAAAACAAUACCGUACCUCUUAAAGAGCAGCUGCAGCUGAACCCUAAGCCCUAAAAUCACGAUCAGAUCAGAGAGAGAGAGAUUACGAUCGAUCGACGAUGGAUCAUAUAGCUGCGGCGGAGGAGCAAAUCGUAUCGGAGAGGCUAAGAAGAAAGCUUGAAGAAGUUAAUGUAGCAGCUCAGUCUCAGCUUUCUCCUAUCCAAGAUCACAUCAAUUUCACCCUCCAGCAAGCCUAUUUCAAAUGUGCAUAUGAGUGCUUUGACAGAAGAAGAAAUCAAGAGGAUAUUAGUAACUGCGUCGAGCACUGCAGUGUCCCCGUUGUCAAAUCUCAGCAGCAUUUUGAGAAUGAAAUGGCUCAGUUUCAGGAAAGACUGAACAGAUCAUUGGUGGUGUGUCAAGACAAAUUUGAGGCUGCAAAGCUCCAGAAGAUAAGGCCUGAAGCGGUUAACGAAAUGGAGAGCUGCGUGCACAAAGCCAUUGAAGAGAACCUCAACACAUUACCUCACAUUGUUCAGAGAAUGAAGACAGCAUUUAACAUAGCUAACUAAAACCUCAGCCACUUCUCCUCCCGGGGACAUCUCAGAACAGUGAACUCCAGGACCUGAGUUGAAUAUUGCAGACUUUAAAGACCUUUUGUGUUGUCUAAUUAUAUGAUUUACAAUUUUUUUUUAUUCUUCAUAUAUAAAGAGAUUGAUAGGUUUACAUUGGGCACUGGAAAGAUAACUGUUUUUA